UGUGAUUUGGAAGGAAUCAUGCCAAAUGUUACCAUCAGCUUGAAUCUCCCCACCAAUGGAUCUCCACUUCAAGAUUUUAUCGUUCAUCCUUGUGUGACUUCUCUUGACUCAGCCAUUCUGACUUCCAGUAGCAUUGAUACGAUGGAUGAUUCUGCAUUCAGUGGGCCUUAUAAAUUCCCAUUCACUCCACCUUUAGAGUCAUUCAACCUAUGCCACUACACUUCUCAGGUCCCUGUCCCACCAAUAUUGGGCUCUUACAACAUGAAAGAAGAAGAAGCACAACUAAAAAUAACAGUUAAUUUAAAACUUCAUGAAAGUGUAAAAAAUAAUUUUGAAAUCUGUGAAGCUCAUAUACCUUUUUACAACAGAGGUCCAGUUACCCAUGUGGAAUACAAAGUUAGUUUUGGUCAACUUGAGGUAUUUCGAGAAAAAAGUUUAUUGGUCUGGAUUAUUGGCCAGAAGUUCCCCAAAUCAAUGGAAAUUAGUCUUUCUGGGACUCUAACGUUUGGAGUCAAGGGCCAUAACAAGCAGCCAUUUGAUCACAUUUGCAUUGGAAAUACAGCAUAUGUAAAGCUUCAUUUUAGGAUCUCAGAUUAUACGCUCACUGGCUGUUAUGCAGAUCAGCAUUCAGUUCAAGUUUUUGCGUCAGGAAAACCAAAGAUAAGUGCAUAUCGGAAACUAAUUUCUUCUGACUAUUACAUCUGGAAUUCUAAAGCACCUGCUCCAGUAACAUAUGCAUCAUUGUUACCAUGAUUUUCUUAUAUUCAAAUGGGAUUUAUUUGAUGGUAACCUUCUAUAGUAGAAUCAUAGUAUUUUUAUUUCUUAGAUGUGUUCAUAUGAUCCGUGACUGAAAAAUCACCGAGUGAUUCCUUUGUCAAAACAUUCAUAUCUAAUGUUUUUAGUCUGAUUAAGUGUGAAAGAAUAUUUUCAAGGCUAAUGUCUCCAUUUUUUUGUUACCCUCUGACUUCAUGCCAUUGUGACUCAGAACAUAUAAAAGUAGUGAUUUAUUUUGAUGUAAGACGAGUCUUGGUUCUCCUUGCCAUAUGUUCUUUCCUGUGCCUGUGGCAGGCCUCCAGUCUCAUUCCCUGACAGGACAGGUCCAACUGUGGCAUCCUGUGGGGCACACCGUGCUAAUCAACCAGAGCCCCUUCCUUGAGUAAGAGCUCAGCCUUCUCCUAGUGUAGUUUUAAGCAGCUGUCCUUUGGGUUGUACUUGACUUACAAGGAAACUAUGUGCUUAUCCAAACCUCAAUACAAACAUCAUGCCAUCGCAGAAUACCCAGGAUCUGGGUAAAAUAAUCAUAAAUCCUUUCUUUCAAAGCAGCCAGAGGAGAUAAAGUUCAAAUAGUAACCUGUUCUUCAUCGCAUCUCUCCUACUGGCCAAUAAAGAGCCUGAAUAAUUCUAUUUGAUGUUCUAGAGCUACUUGCUUUCUGAGACUGGAACUCGUGCAGCCCAGACUGCCUGGGACUCACUGUGUAGCUGAGGAUGACCUUGAACUCCAUCUCAAGUGCUGGGAUUACAAUGGUGUAUCACCAAGUCCAGCUUAUGUCCUUGUAGGGAUCGAACUCAGCUUUGGGCAUGCCAGGCAAGCACCCUACUAGCUGAGUUAUGAUGCUAACCCCUCACAUUCCUUUAACUAACUUAAUAAUCUGCUGGAAUGAUGCGUGUUUAGGAUGCCCGUCAACCUAAGAAGGCUGCAGUAACUCAGAAGAUGAGAAUAGUGAUCUAUGAUUAUUUAGACAGUUUUAAAAAUAAUUUUAGAUAUUAUACUCUUUGUUUUUUUAAUUACAGUCUGUUAGUGAAUGAACUCAGGUAAACAAUCAAAAGCCUUUUCAUGGGCAGAAAGUAUCAUUUACAUUUAUUCUUUAAGUCUGUUCCUGUUGUUUUCUUUUUAACAUUUUCUUGAGUCUUUCAAAACCAUCUCUUUAUCCUCUACCCAUUUCUACUCACACAUCAUAUGCUGCUUCAGAGCAGUGUGUUGUCAUCAAGUUGGACUUUAAGUGACCAUUUAAACAAAAAAGAAAUCUCAAGAUACUGAGAACUUAACUGAUGCCAAAUUUAGAAGCCUGACUGCCCCCCAAAAAAGGAAGAGUUACAAAUUAAUAUCUAAUUAGAUUUAUCCUGGGUUCUACUUCUUUUUUGUCUUUUUUAAAAAAUGAGUCUUCUAAAAACAGGCUUAGAAAAAGCUGCUGACCCUUUGAAGGAGAGUCACAGCCACUGGAGGAAAGUGUAUAAACUUAGGACUUGAAAUAAAGCUUUAAUUAGGAUCAGUCUUCCUUAUUAUAAACCCUCAUUGCCUGCAAAGCAGUGCUACAGAAUAAAGUUCUGUUUUCAUAGUCAUCCUAAGUAAAGAGGAGAGAGGACUUGCCUGACCUGGACAUUAACUUGCUGUCCCUUCUCAGCCAAUGGGAGUUAGUGGUAGAAAUUCUUUUGUGAGAAGAAAACACUGCUCUAUAACGGGGUUUUUAUCACUCAUCAACUCAAAGCUUAAGAUUUUACUUUUAGUGGUGCCGUUUGGAAAUUUUGACUGUAUAAAUGCUUAGCAAAUUAUACUAAGGAAGAUGAGAUACAUUCAUCUACUGAGUAAUGAAAGAUUCAGUAUAUAAUCCUUGAAGCAAACUCUCUUCAUAAACAAAUUAGAAAAACCACUGACCUCUAAUUUGACAUUUCUAGAAACCUGGGGAAAAUCUAGGGGUUCCUAGAAAAGCAUGGUGAUGGCGAACCAAUGCCAUCUGUUGCCAUUCCGUUCUAACACAACACUAGGGAACUAAAAGCCAGCCCACAUUUCAUCCCAUUGAGAUCAGCUGGGCACACUGAUGCUUUUGAUUUUGUCUAGAAACCUGUCACUUCAGGAUAAUUUCUGAAGACAAAGCUUGUUCCCAGUUUGGUAGGUGACCUGUUUAAUGUUUUCCCUGUGUCUGGGAACUCCUUAGUGUAAUUAGCGACCUUUGAACUCCACAACUAAUCCUGAGCUAUUUUGUAUUCCUUACUCAUCUUUAAGGCUGGACCUUUCUUUUCUUCAGAGUCCACUGCCACAAUUAAAGAAGAAACAGCUGCAUUUCAAAGGGAUUCCGAUUCCAGAAGCUUAAUCGUGAUUGACAUGUUCUUAUUCUAAGCUAUAAGACACUCUAAGAGUCCUUUCUUUGGUUAGAACUUCAAUCAUUUUCUAAAAAAUUAUCUCACUAUGGAUUUUAUUCAUUUUCUUUGAUAGCUAUUCUUUGCAUUUUUUUUAACUUGAAAGGUGCUUUGCAUUUGCAGUGAAUAUGAGCAUCGACUUCCAGUGACAGAUUUGCAUGGUGUCAGACCUAGGUGCAGUAUUGCUGAAUUCUCUUUUAGUGCCAAGACACCGUUAUGAAGUCUGAUAUCUAUUCUGUAACUAUUCUUACUCAACCCAAAAGGGUUAAAGAAAGUUGUAAAUACCUGAGAAUGAACUCUAAAAAGAUGGGUCAUGAUUUGGGUACCUGUUCUCCUUUUUUUUUUUUUUUUAUUUUUACUAAGCAAUAUUGUAAAGUCCUCAAUGUAGUAUUAGAUAAUGGGGAUGUUUUAUACUGUUAAAAAUAUUUGAGCCUGUCAACUUGGAAGUAAACAAACAGGCUCCUCGGCAAUCUCAGGAGUCUUUAAAUUUUAUUUAAACAUUAGCCUAUCUCAAAAUCUUUUUUUUUUCAUGCCAUCUCAGUAUUUCUACUGUUACAAUAUUGUGAUCUUAGAUUUCAUGUGCUAUGUUUAACGGCAGACAUUUCGCACAUAGUAACCAUUGCCGAUUUUUUUUUUUCCUGUUUUGUUGUUACAAUAUUUAAAAACCCUUGACAGGCAUUCAUAGAUUUGUCCACAGCCUCUGGGAGGUAGAAAGGUGGAGUUCCUCUGCAGGGAUUGCUACCAUAGCAGAGGAGUUGUUUCUAAGACAAAGGUCAAAAAAGGGAUGUUAAUAAACAGUCCUCAGGUUUAAGGGACUUUUUUAGGAUUACAUCUUAAAUUCCAACAAAUCAGAUUUAGGAGUUGCUGAAAGUGAAAUUGAUCCAUCCCUCAUCCAAACUUUGCAAUACUUUCCUGUUCCGACAUCAUUUAGAUAGUUAGCUGUAUUAUCAGAUUAGAAACCAUUGUGCCCGCUGCUGAAAGGGAAAGGAGGCAAAAAGCUAAACAUGGGAUGAAUUCUGAACCUUUUAACCUGGCUGAAGUAUGUUGGUUGCUGUUAUGCAAAUACCUUCAAUCCUCUGCUAAGUUCCGUGGAAAUAAUUUUCUUGAAUGACAGGUUGAUUCAGCAAGGAUUCAGUCGGUGAUUAAUCCCCCUUUGAUCUAGGGUAUUUCACUUAACUACCAGUUACCUCGUUCUGACAAAGUGCAACUGAGAUUAGGGAGAUCACUAGAACACUACCAGCCCGUGCAUUUAUUCUCUAUAACCUUUUAAAGCAAGGGCCAAGAAUGCAAUUUAUCCUCAGUUUUUGAAGAUGCAAAGUCCUGUCUGCUGAGUUAGAAAGUCAAUUGAAUAUCAAAUGAAGUUUAUUUCUUACGUAACAAACCUUUCUCUUUUGCUCUGCCUAACAAUGAUAUUAGAAAUCAUAGGCUUUGAAGAGAGUGAAACAAAGGCUACAUCCCAAGUUCAGCUGCUUGUUUUGUUUCCUGUGCUACAGUGCAUGCUGACUGCCCCAGAUAACCCAGGAAUCAAAGGGCUGGCCACAGUUAUGCUGAGAAAACACUUGUGUUUCUGAGCCUGCAAUGUCUUCUCAUCACCCGGCCACCCUCAGCACCAUUAGAAAAUACACUGCAUGGUACAGAAACCCAGUUAGGGAAGCAUGCAGCACAAUCUUGUUAGUUUUCUUCUCUUGAGGAAGUAGAACCUUAUAUUCUCAUUAAAAUAAUUGCUGCAUUCCUUUUCCCAUAAAUGGUGUCAUUGCCAAACUAUGUGAAAGUCGUUCUCUUAAGUACUUCCUGCCUUAAACUUUAUCUUUUCUCCCAUAUAUAAAAUUUGAGAUAGUCUGUGCAGUUCUAAGAAAAAAAAUUAUGAUGUGUUUUAUGCUGUUUUAAAAAGAACUCACUUUUUAAAACUAUUAUUAAUAUUAAUAUUUAUUUUUCAAGUUGUCAAGAUGUAUUCCUUAAGUAUACUUUAUGACAUACACACAAUUAUUUGUAACAAAAUUUUCUUAAUUAUUAAAUUUUUACUAAUGAAUAAACUUUAUAAAGAAGACAAAACAUUCUAAGAAAUAUUGAAUAGUUGCUUAUUAUCCUAGUGGUAAUCUACAAUAAAAGUUGGGGUUUAAAUCAUUUUGUAUGCUUUUUUACUCAAACCUUUUGUAAUUAAUUUAAAAAUCAAAACAACUCAAAGAAAUGCAUACAUAAGUUUGUGACAUACUGGCUGCCUGUAGUUCUAAAAUCAUCAGUUUUCAAAUACUUUGGAAGAUCAGGAAAAAAAAUAACUGUAAAAGAUAGUGUUAAAGAGCAAGAUUCUGUGGUUAUGUUGCUAAGAAACUUGUGUUUUUAGUAAUUAACUGCUCCAUAUAGUAAAUAGUGAGGUAAUAAAGUAUUCACUAUAAUUUAAAAGAUGCCAUUUUGGAAUAUACAUAUAUAAAGCA